CUUUGACAGGCUCCCGUGCCCAGCGCGCCCAGGUGGGAAAGAGCUGCUCUCCCUGCCUCUUCCUCUUCUGCUUUCUAAAAUUUAUUUUAUCAUUUCCUCCCUCUCAUCCCCUGUCUAGAGGCGGAAAUUCCUGCAGAUGAAACGCAGGAAAUACGGCUUCAUCUACAAGACUCACCUCUUUGGGCGGCCCACGGUACGGGUGAUGGGCGCCGAGAACGUGCGGCACAUCCUGCUGGGCGAGCACCGGCUCGUCUCCGUGCAGUGGCCCGCCUCGGUGCGGACCAUCCUGGGCUCGGGCUGCCUCUCCAACCUCCACAACGGGCAGCACAAGCACCGCAAAAAGGUGAUCAUGCGUGCCUUCUCCCGGGACGCCCUGCAGCACUACGUGCCCGUCAUCCAGGAGGAGGUGAGCGCCUGCCUGGCGCGGUGGCUGGGCGCCGCCGGGCCCUGCCUGCUCGUGUACCCCGAGGUGAAGCGCCUCAUGUUUCGCAUUGCCAUGAGAAUCCUGCUGGGCUUCCAGCCCCGCCAGGCCAGCCCCGACGGCGAGCAGCAGCUGGUCGAGGCCUUCGAGGAGAUGAUCCGCAACCUCUUCUCCCUGCCCAUCGAUGUGCCGUUCAGUGGGCUCUACCGGGGCUUGCGGGCACGCAACAUCAUCCAUGCCAAGAUCGAGGAGAACAUCCGUGCCAAGAUGGCCCGCAAGGAGCCUGAGGGGGGCUACAAGGAUGCACUGCAGCUGCUGAUGGAACACACACAGGGGAACGGCGAGCAGCUCAACAUGCAGGAGCUGAAGGAAUCUGCCACAGAGCUGCUGUUCGGGGGUCAUGAAACCACUGCUAGUGCUGCCACGUCGCUGAUCGCCUUCCUAGGGCUCCACCAUGAAGUCCUGCAGAAAGUGAGGAAAGAGCUGCAGGUCAAGGGGUUACUGUGCAGUUCCAACCAAGAGAAGCAGCUGGACAUGGAGGUCUUGGAGCAGCUGAAGUACACAGGCUGUGUCAUCAAAGAGACCCUCAGGCUGAGCCCACCUGUACCUGGAGGAUUUCGGAUUGCACUCAAGACCCUUGAGCUAAAUGGUUACCAAAUCCCUAAAGGCUGGAAUGUUAUUUACAGCAUCUGUGAUACACAUGAUGUGGCAGAUCUCUUUACCAACAAGGAAGAAUUUAACCCAGAUCGCUUCAUGUCUCCAUCUCCAGAGGAUUCCUCUAGGUUCAGUUUCAUUCCUUUUGGUGGGGGCUUGAGGAGCUGCGUGGGCAAAGAGUUUGCAAAAGUCCUUCUAAAAAUAUUUACAGUGGAGUUGGCUCGGAGCUGUGACUGGCAGCUGCUGAAUGGACCUCCUACAAUGAAAACAGGCCCCAUAGUGUACCCUGUGGACAAUCUGCCUGCCAAAUUCAUAGGUUUCAGCGGUCAAAUCUGAGAGCUCAACACUUGCCUCCAAAUGGAUUUCUAUAUAGCAUUUAAUAUGUACAUAGUAACUUUUUAUAGUAACAAAGACCUUUAAAUAUUUAAAACUUGUAAAUGUACAAUAGUUAUUUAUGUCUUCUAAGUAUUUCAAGAGGCUAUGAUAUUUUUUCCCCCAAGCACUACAAUUAUGGGUCUCUGAUUCAUAAUUAGAUAAUGUUAUUUCUAUAGAAAUAAGUUUUCCCCUAUUUAAAAAUAUCAUUGAGAGCUGGCCAGCUAAGCAUUUGAAGACAUUUCAGGAUGGUGUAUGUAUAAGAAAUAUCCGAAAAGCAUUCAAAACAAUGGUAACUAGCUACUCAUCCAAAUUACCUGAGGUGGUUAUUGUCUGAGAAUGUUUUCAGUAUUAUUUGUGUCUAGAUUGUAUGUUUAAUGUGUGAAUUUUAAGUUUGAUAAUAAAGUUUAUUUUUGAUGAUCCUC